GACGUCUCUCCCUCCCUCUCUUCAGUUUCAAUUCAGUCAAAUCAUAGCGAUCUGGCAGCCAGAGGUCCAUGCCUCCUCUAAUAAGAGAGCAAUUAGCACCUUCUGUGGCCGCUUUGUAAGCUCCGGAAAAGAGAAGAACAUCCGAGGCAGUCGUGUCCUCAACGAAGUAAACUAACGUUCCGGCAAACAAAACUGCGGCGACCCCGAAAAACACACAGAAAUGGACGAAAAGGCGUUUACAAAAGAAAUUGAUCAGUGGAUCGAGCAGCUCAACGAAUGCAAGCAGCUGUCGGAGGGACAAGUGAAAACACUAUGUGAAAAGGCUAAAGAGAUCCUCACCAAGGAGUCAAAUGUCCAGGAGGUGAGAUGUCCUGUGACGGUGUGUGGCGACGUGCACGGCCAGUUCCAUGACCUUAUGGAGCUGUUUAAAAUCGGAGGGAAAUCUCCAGACACAAACUAUUUGUUUAUGGGAGACUAUGUGGACAGAGGGUACUACUCCGUAGAAACCGUCACUUUACUAGUAGCACUUAAGGUACGCUUCCGGGAGCGCAUCACAAUCCUCAGAGGGAACCAUGAGAGCAGACAGAUCACACAAGUGUAUGGCUUCUAUGACGAGUGCCUAAGGAAAUAUGGUAAUGCCAAUGUUUGGAAGUACUUCACAGACCUGUUCGAUUACCUCCCCCUCACUGCCUUGGUAGACUCUCAGAUUUUCUGCCUUCAUGGAGGCCUGUCACCAUCCAUAGAUACAUUGGAUCACAUUAGAGCACUGGACCGUUUACAGGAAGUGCCACAUGAGGGUCCCAUGUGUGACCUGCUGUGGUCAGACCCUGACGACCGCGGUGGCUGGGGCAUCUCUCCUCGAGGAGCCGGCUACACUUUCGGUCAGGACAUCUCGGAGACUUUCAACCACGCCAACCGCCUCACACUGGUGUCCCGUGCCCACCAGCUGGUUAUGGAGGGUUACAACUGGUGCCAUGAGAGGAAUGUGGUGACAAUAUUUAGUGCUCCCAACUACUGCUACCGCUGUGGCAACCAAGCAGCUAUCAUGGAACUAGAUGACACCCUCAAAUACUCAUUCUUGCAGUUUGAUCCUGCGCCUCGCAGAGGGGAGCCUCAUGUCACUCGUCGCACCCCAGACUACUUCCUGUAAACUCUGACCUUCGACCCUUGUACAGUCAAGUCCAGUAUUGCCAUGAUAUAUGACCUUCAACCGAUAACAGCAUGAAUGAGGAAGGGGAGGGUGGGAGACUGGGGGGGGGCUACACAGCAGUGCACAUUGUAUAUCCACACAAAGACCUAUUUAAGCAUUUAGCAAAAACAAUGUCUCUGUGUCUAUGGAUGGACCAAAAGGUGUGUGCCAUAAUCAUUACAAUAUUCAUUGCUGAGGACCUGAGGACUUGUAUUGAAAAUCUCUCCCACUAUGUUCAACAACAGUGAUGUUUAAAUUCCUCAUCCUGUACCUGUGUAGCUGACUGACGGCACCAAGGUCCAAGACAAAAAUUUGCUACUUCAGAUGCGGCUGUUUGAAUCCCACAUGCCAUGGCUCAUUAUAUUUAGGAGAUCUGAACAUGAUCUGUUUGCACUUUUGUAAAUCUAAAGAAAUGUAUCAUAUGUCAAAAGAUGAAAAAGAUUUCACACUACAGAUUUUGUUUUUUCCUUUUUGAUUUUUCUUUUUUUCUUUUUUUUUAAAAUUACAAAUAAAGCCCCCAUCAGGCAAGGUUUACACAAGGUUUCUUUGUCCUGUGUAACUUUUAAGCAAAACUUCUUAUGCAGUUACCCAGCUUGGUCUAUAUGAUUGACAGAUGAUGGAGUGCUCAUCCACAUCAACUCACUGACUCCCUCUGAACUACAGAGUCUGUAUUAACCAAACCAUUUGAAUAAUAAAGACAAAGGUGGCUCCUUGA